CUCCUAGGGAUGUAUCGGCGUGCGGUGCACCUGUUUUAUGUGUUAUCUGGGUCAUCGACCGCUGAAAUGCUCCGUUGUUACCGGUGUCACCAAUAGCCACACGAAAACGUUUAACCGACCAAGUCGGUGGUUCCCGAGAGGCCUCGAUUCAGUGUGAUUCAGGAGGAGGAUGUGUUGAUUUUUCUCCUCUUUCGGGGUGCAGCAGUGAGACAGCAUCUUUGCCGGGUGACACAUCAUUACCAGUGCGAGUGGACAAGCCCUGUAGGACAACAUGUCAGACAAAAGUGACCUAAAAGCAGAGCUGGAGCGCAAGAAGCAGCGCCUCGCCCAAAUCAGGCAGGAAAAAAAGAUAAAGGAGGAGGAGAGGAAGAAGAAAGAGGUAAGGAAAAAACAGUCAGAGAGCCAGCAGAAGAGAGAGUCCACCCCAGAGGAUUCAGACUUGGACCGUAAGCGCAGGGAGACUGAGGCCCUGCUACAGAGUAUUGGCAUCUCACCAGAGCCUCCACUAGUCCCGACCCCUGUGUCCCCCUCCAAAUCAGUGAGCACGCCUAGUGAGACGGGAAGCCAGGAUUCAGCUGAUGGAGGAGCAGCAGGCAGGUUUAGGUCAGGUUUCUCUAAAAACAAGUCCCAAGCACAGAGCUCAAGGACGCUGCAGUGGGACACAGACCCCUCUGUGCUGCAGCUGCAGGCUGAUUCUGAACUCGGGCGCAGGAUGCAGAGGCUGGGGGCCUCCAAGAUCACACAGGUAGACUUCCUUCCCAAAGAGGUGGUCUCUUACUGCAAGGAGACACAGACUCCACUCACAGCCCACCUGUCUGAAGUAGAGGAGGAAGAGGAAGAUGAAGAGAUGAUGGAGGCAAAGCCAGGCCCCGAGUCGGAGCAGCAGGAUGAAGAUGACAACAGGGAAACCAAAGACGGCUCAUUUCCAGUUCUGCGGGAGCUGACAGAGGAGGAGAGGCAGCAGAUCCUGCAUUCUUCUGAGUUUCAGAGUUUCUUCGACUGCAGCAUCCGGGUGAUGGAGAGAGCUCUGGCCGAGGACAGCAACAUCUUCUUCGACUACAGUGGCCGGGACCUGGAGGACAAAGAGGGAGACUUGGGUAGCGGCUCCAGUCUGUCCUUCAGUAGACUCUUCUACGAUGAGCACUGGUCUAAACAUCGUGUGAUCACCUGCCUUGACUGGUCCCCUCAGUAUCCUGAGUUGCUGGUUGCCUCCUACAACAAUAAUGAAGAUGCUCCUCAUGAACCAGAUGGUGUUGCUCUAGUAUGGAACAUCAAAUUUAAGAAGGCCACACCAGAGUACAUCUUUCAUUGUCAGUCUCCUGUAGUAUCUGUGGGCUUUGCAAGGUUUCAUCCCAACCUGGUGGUCGGGGGCACUUACUCAGGACAGAUUGUCCUGUGGGAUAAUCGCAGUCAUCGUCGGACCCCUGUCCAAAGGACUCCUCUGUCUGCUGCUGCGCACACUCAUCCAGUAUACUGCGUGAAUGUGGUCGGCACCCAGAAUGCCAACAACCUGAUCACUGUGUCUACAGACGGCAGGAUGUGCUCCUGGAGUCUGGACAUGCUUUCCCAGCCGCAGGAGACCAUGGAACUGGUGUACAAUAAAUCCAAAUCUGUGGCGGUGACAGGCAUGGCUUUUCCCACGGGAGACGUUAACAACUAUGUGGUCGGGAGUGAGGAGGGCACUGUGUACAAUGCAUCCAGACACGGCAGCAAGGCUGGUAUCUGCGACAUGUUCGAGGGCCACCAGGGUCCAGUGACGGGCAUCAGCUGUCACAGCGCAGUGGGCACCGUCGACUUCUCCCACCUCUUUAUCACUUCCUCCUUCGACUGGACCGUCAAACUCUGGAGCACCAAGCACAACAAGCCUCUGUACUCGUUUGAGGACAACGCCGACUAUGUGUAUGACGUCAUGUGGUCGCCUGUACAUCCUGCGAUCUUCGCCGCCGUGGAUGGCAUGGGCCGCUUAGACCUGUGGAACCUCAACAACGACACUGAGGUACCAACUGCCAGUGUGACGAUCGAGGGCGCUUCGGCCCUCAACAGGGUCCGCUGGUCGUCUGGGGGAAAGGAGGUGGCUGUGGGCGACUCAGAAGGUCGAGUCUGGAUCUACGAUACUGGAGAGCUGUCAGUGGCUCACACUGACGACUGGGCACGCUUCGCUCGUACCCUGAUGGAGAUCCGUGCUAACCGGGCGGACGGUGAAGAGGAGGGGCCUAUGGAGCUGGCUUCAUAGAGCAAGACUCCAAACCAAAGCAGAGGGAAUCAGAGACCAGAGGGGUGUACUACGAAGCCAGAUUAGUGGGUUAGCGAGUUCUGCUUAGCCUAAAGCCAGAGUUUUAAAUGUCAGGAAGCUGAUUAGAUCACCAUGGUAACUUAUGCUGCACACCUACGCUGAGUUUUGGAAUGAAAUCUGCUGUAAAAAGCGCCUUUCACUUAUCAACUCCUUUGUCACUAUUGUUGCAAAGUCAUGACGAUAUCUCUCAGAGCGAUAUACACUCUCGGCUAAGAGAAUAUGAUAUAUAUGCAAACUUGAGCCAUACAUUGGUAAUGCCAAGGAACAAAGUGUUGUAAUCAAAGUAGCCCAAACUAUAUGCAUCACAUUGUGUUUUGUUUCUGCCAUGGGGACCUACAGUACAUGCAUUCAGUUGUUGAUGCAGAAAAUCCAAGCGAGAAUACUGUAUACAACAUAUACAAGUUGUUCUUGCUCUCAUUGAACUACUGAAGGUAUUUGUAGUGUUCUGUGGCCAUUUCCUCCUACUAGCUCUAAAAGAAGGCUUCUGUAAAAUCACAGGAAACAGACGCUAAUGCAAAGAUAGCUUGGCUGUCAAACUUGCUUCGUAGUACAACCCUCUGGUGUGCUUUUAUCGGUGUCACUGUAGCAUGUGCGACUCAAGUCAGUUUUGUUUUGUUCCUUCACCUUUACCUACAUGUUCCUGUCUGCUUCAAACAAGACUGCAGUUUUAUUGUAUUCUUGCAUUUACUCUCCUGUAAAUGCAAACCGUCUGUUAAUGGGUAAACUGUUGACCUCUACUGAUUUGUCCGCCCUUAUUUAUUUUUUAAUGAUUUGUUGCUUGCAACCUGUGAGCCUACAGUAUAUACGACGUGGCAGUCUUAUAGCCUUAUGAAGAUAUGUGUACUGUGACGAUGCUUUGCACUACCGUAAAAAUAAAAGCAGGGUCCAUAGACUAGUCAUGUAUUGUUUACAAAAUGUCAUGUUCACUUUAUGUUGUGCUUCUUUUCUCUGUACUACACCUGCAUGCGACACAUUCCUGAAAUAUUCCAGACGCAUAAACAUGGAGUUGUUAUGGUGACGUUUCCACACGUGGGGCUUUGUGGCUGCUUUAUGUCAGUGUGUCAGAAACUGAAUUGAGCGUGGUGUUGGCACUUUGUCUUUUGUUCCAAACGAGAGCGACGACUGUAUAUUCUUUAAUGAACUGUUAAUUAUCAAGAGGUAUAUUGUAUUGCAGAGUGCUGGCUGUUAAACCUGCUAUGUUGAGUAUUAA